AGUUAAACACAGAAACAGUGUCUAGCAGCCACCCACUUUGGGCUGGUUGGGUUGGGUGCGGGUCCUUCAUUCCCCUUUCAUUCGUGAAAGCUGAAAGCUCCAAUUCCAAUGUCGAUCAUGGCGGUGCCCAUUGUUCUGUGAUAACAUUAAUUCAUCAGUUUUAAUUGGAGUUAUGCCCUAAGUGGAGACUGCUGUGUCUUAGGCAUGAAAACGCUCCAUUGGAAAAUAAUGGCUCCGAGUUCACAGAUAAAUUGGCAGGAGAUUUGGUGAAGCCUAAAGGUGACAAGUCCAAGGAGUUAAAUAAAGAUUGGCUUGCAACUCUCCAUAAGAUCAUUAGUUCCAUCGUUGAUGGGGAACCUUGGGCAGUUCCUUGGACGGCAAAGACCAUUGUUCAGGUUAUGCUUCUUUGGAUCGCUUCAUUUUGGUUUGUAGGAUCUUGGAUAGUUCCAUUUUUGGCUUCCAUGGCGGGGUUUAGAAAGGAGUCUCUCACAUACAGGGGACAAGCAUUGUACAGCCUAUUAACUGAUAUUGCUGAAGGUGUGGUUGGCAUAGUGAUACUUCAUCGUUGCCUUGCAAAGUUUAAACCACUCACAUCCGACUGGUUUAAAUUUGAAUUCAAAGGCAAUUGGCUUUUUGAUGUCAGUUUAGGCUGCCUCAUGUUCCCUGUUAUCAAUCACCUGUCACAGGUGAACCUAAAUUUGUUACCUGUGCUUCAAUCUAGUCCUGUGACAGUCUCAAGCGUAGAGCAAUCAAUUGUGGCACGAGACCCAGUGGCAAUGGCCCUCUAUGCAAUGGUUGUCUCAGUUUGCGCCCCAAUAUGGGAGGAGAUCGUCUUCCGAGGUUUCCUUCUCCCGUCUUUAACCAAGUACAUGCCACUAUGGUCUGCCAUAUUAGUUAGCUCAGUAGCAUUUGCCUUGGCACAUUUUAACAUUCAGAGGAUGCUGCCACUUGUAUUUCUAGGCAUAGUGAUGGGUGCUGUCUUUGUAAGAUCUAAGAACCUCUUUCCAUCAAUGUUGUUGCAUAGUUUGUGGAAUGCUUUUGUAUUUCUGGAUCUAAUGAAGUAAUAUAGUUCUUAAUAGUAUCA